GACGCCAGUUUUUUUAACAUAUCAGUGAGAGACGCACGUACAUAUACAAAAUGUCACCGCGAUUGUUCGCGAUAUUUGCGCUGUUCGCUGUCGCCGCUGCUUUCCCCUCCAGCGAUAAACCCGCCGUCCCGAACCCGAUAACUACAAUCAGCGAAUCAGAGCUCGAAGACGAUUCACCAUGGUUCUCCUUCCCCAAGUUCCCCUUCAUGAACUUCUUCGCGCCGAUCUGGAACCUGUUCCCGCAGAUCACUGAAUUCGGACCGAAAAUUGAAGUCGACGAUAACAUCUUCAAGGUUAUCGUCAACACGGAGAGCUACAAGCUUGAUGACCUGAAAGUUGAACUGAAGAGCGGAUUCGUCUUCAUCCAAGGUACACAUGAGGCGAAGAAAGCCGAGCACGACAUUUUCGCCAGCCAGUUCUUCUAUACAUACACACUGCCCGUUAACGCGAGCAUUGCUGAUGUCACCGCUAAGUUGUACACCGAUAAUGUUCUAGAAAUCUCUGUUCCGUUGAACGGUAAUGAAGGUGAGAAGGCCGAGAAACGCAUAGUUCCGAUUGUUGAGACAGGUGUGGCAUAUAAGACCGAUAAAACAGACUCGACGAAUCCGCCCGCUAUUGAAACUGAUGAAAGAAAAGAGCCAACCACUCCACCAGCCGAAGGAACAAAUACAAUCCCUGAAGCUAACGAAGCAGACAAUAGUGCAGCGAAUGAAGUUCAGCCCUGAGUGAUAUAGGUUAUUAGAUCAGUAUUUUAAUAAAUAUUUUUUUAUAA